AUCAAGACCCAUAAAAUAAACAAAAAUAUUUCUAAAAUCAAACAGACCGUUACUUUCCCUUUAGAAAAAAAUCCUGUCUUUAAUUGUCUUUGCUUUCUCUUCUGAGGAAUCAUCACAAGACAGAGAGAGAGAGAGCCAUGACUGCUAGCAGUGUAGUCACUUCUCACACCAAGAAAUUCAUGAAGCUCACUAUCUCAAUCUUUUGUCCACGCUUCAACUCUUCAAAAUGUAAAACAGCGGCUAAAAUGGCAGUGGCCAGGAUAAAGUUGUUGAGGAAUAAGAGAGAGGCAGUGAUGAGGCAAAUGAGGAGAGACAUCGCCUUGCUUUUACAAUCUGGUCAAGAUGCUACUGCUCGUAUCCGGGUUGAGCAUGUUAUAAGAGAGCAGAAUGUUUUGGCUGCAAAUGAGUUCAUUGAGCUCUUCUGUGAGUUGGUUGUUUCUAGACUUUCAAUCAUUGCAAAGCGAAGGGAAUGCCCAGCUGACCUGAAAGAAGGGAUUGCUAGUUUAAUAUUUGCAUCUCCAAGGUGCUCUGAAAUUCCAGAAUUGGUAGCACUCAGGAAGAUUUUUGAGAAGAAGUAUGGGAAGGAUUUUGUGUCCGCAGCUACUGAUCUGCGACCUAACAGUGGUGUAAAUCGCAUGUUAAUCGACAAGCUUUCUGUUAGAACUCCAACUGGUGAAGUGAAGCUGAAAGUCAUGAAGGAAAUUGCCAAAGAACAUCAGAUUGAAUGGGAUACUGAAGAAUCUGAGAAGGAGCUUCUCAAGGCUCCAGAGGAGAUGAUUGAGGGACCACACACUUUUGUUAGUGCCUCCAGUUUACCCAUAAGGAGAGCUCCAUUCCAAUCUGUUGAGCCAAAUCAACCAAUUGCUAGGUCAACCAAUGAGGGAGAAACGGGCAACAUGCAUUUUGAAGACACUGUGUCCGCUGCUCAAGCAGCAGCAGAAUCUGCGAAGCAAGCAAUUGCAGCCGCCCAAGCUGCUGCUUAUCUAGCCAACAAUGGCUUGAAUCAGGUCUCUUCAGUGUCUGGUUUGGAUCACAAGUUGAAUACUUCUAACAUCAAUCAUGGAUUAGGAGUGCUUUCUGGCAAUUCAACAGGCCUUUCCAUGCCAAAUCAUUCCCAGAUCAACUAUCAGAGGAUGGAUCAUUAUUCUGAUGGUCCAGGGAGAACGUAUGAGUCCCAGAAUUUUGAUAGAUCUCACUAUCCAGGCAAUGAAGGAACAAGACCAAUCCAGACAGACAGCAAACAUGUCAAUAGGAGGAGACACAGCUACAAUGAGACGAUGCCAAAGCAGAUGGAUGGUCAAAAUGUCUCCCGGAGACACAGUUACAAUGAGGUGAGGCCAAUGCAGAUGGAUGGUGAGAACAUUUCCAGGAGACAGAGCUACAAUUCUAGUUCUCCACAUUCAGAUAUUAAGUUCGAUGAAUCAGACUGUGAUGAAGAGAUUGAAACAGAAGAACCACCUGCUGGUGUUUGUCCACCACCUGAACGCUGUCCACCGCCAGUGCCUUCAUCUCAUGUUAAUCUGGACCCUGUUGCCCGAGUUCACCCGAAAUUACCCGAUUAUGAUGAACUUGCUGCCCGUUUUGAAGCUCUAAAAUAUCGCAAGUCAUAAACCUGGAGUCCAGAGUCACUGUAGUUUUGUUUUCUUUUACGAGUCCUAUGCCGUAUACUCUAGAUAAUAAAUACUAUAUACUACAUAUAUUCGUUUUCUGUAAUAUUUACGAUAGGAAAUCAUCAGGGUCAUUGAUUUUUGUGUGUAAUUUCAAUUUCAUCACAUCCUAAAAACUAAAUCAUACAUUGAGCAUGUAAAAGCGUGAGCAGCACCCUUGGGAUUUGUUUA